AUGGUACAUUACACUGAACGACAAACUUGUGGUAGACAUUACACUGAACGACAAACUUGUGGUAGACAUUACACUGAACGACAAAAUUGUGGUAGACAUUACACUGAACGACAAACUUGUGGUAGACAUUACAGUGAAGGACAAACUUGUGGUAGACAUUACAGUGAAGGACAAACUUGUGGUAGACAUUACACUGAACAACAAACUUGUGGUAGACAUUACAGUGAAGGACAAACUUGUGGUAGACAUUACACUGAACGACAAGCUUGUGGUAGACAUUACACUGAACGACAAGCUUGUAUUAGACAUUACACUGAACGACAAACUUGUGGUAGACAUUACACUGAACGACAAACUUGUGGUAGACAUUACACUGAACGACAAACUUGUGGUAGACAUUACACUGAACGACAAACUUGUGGUAGACAUUACACUGAACGACAAACUUGUGGUAGACAUAACACUGAACGACAAACUUGUGGUCCUAACUUUUGGGGAUUGUUAAAUCCAGAAUGGAAUUUGUGUAGUAAAGGACGACGCCAAUCUCCCAUUGAUAUCGAUCCCAAGGUCCUGUUGUUUGAUCCAUAUCUACGUCCAAUCCACGUGGACAAGCUUAGAGUCAGUGGUACCAUAAGGAAUACUGGACACAGCAUCAUUUUCGAAGCUGACACAACGCCAAACGUAGCCAAAUUGAACAUCACAGGCGGACCUCUGUCGUAUAAAUACCGAUUUCAGGAGAUUCACAUUCAUUUUGGCAGAGUCGACAAUAGAGGUUCUGAACAUUCGGUCGGCGGAUACGCCUUUCCUGCUGAGUUACAGAUGAUUGGUUACAACUCCGACCUUUAUCCAAACAUGACCGAAACUGUGAGAGUACACAAAAAUCAAGGCCUUGUUGGCGUUUCCGUUAUGGUACAGUCUGGUGAUCUCUCAAACGCAGAGCUUCGGAUCCUAACGAAAACGCUGGACAAUAUUACCUAUAGAGGACAGAAGGCUCGCAUCGAUCAUCUGUCCGUCCGUGAUCUUCUUCCUGAUACAGACUUCUACAUAACCUACGAAGGCUCAACAACACUUCCUGGAUGUUACGAGACAAUUACGUGGAUUAUCAUGAACAAACCAAUAUAUAUCACCAAACAACAGUUGCACGCCCUUAGAGAGAUGAAACAAGGUGACGAUGAAAAUCCAAAAGCACCUCUAGCUGAUAACUAUCGACCUGCUCAGCCAGUCAACAAUCGGGUCUUGAGAACAAAUAUUGACUCCAGAAGGAAACAAGGAAACAGCUGCCCGACUAUGUAUCAGGAUCGUUUCUACAAGG